GAGGAAAUGACUGUUGGGCCUUCCCUAUGCUCACAGAUGCCCGGCAUGCCGCACGCCUGGUGCUGUGGAGCAUCCGCCAUGAAGCUCCUCCUCCUGCUUGUUCUUGCAAGCCUCACGGCUGUGGUGGAUGCUCAAGGAACUACAGUCCUGACCACUGAAUGGAAGGAAGAGAGCACAUAUAUAACAACAACUGAAGCCUACUUGCUUACAACGACAGAGGAAGUAGAAGAUGCGAGUACUCCAGUGAACAGUGGGAAUGUCCUGGAAGAGAAAAGAUCAAGAAAGGUAGAAACAACUUCUACAGCUGAAACAACAAAUGAAGUCAUCAGAGUGAACUCUACUAGCAGUGUGAACUCUACUAGUGCUGCAGGAGUUACCUCACCUCAAAAGCCACCAGUUAGCCAGGAGAGGAGAAACAAUGUUCAGAAGACUGAUGAUCCUUUUUUUUAUGACUAUCCCUCCCUGCGCAAAUGGGGCUUAAUAGCUGCUGCGAUCCUCUUCAUCAUGGGCAUUCUCAUUCUCACCUGUGGUAAACAUGGGAAAUUCCCACGAUGCCGAGGGAAAAAGCAGACAAGAACAUACGAUGUGACACAGGCAUAGAGAUGCUUCACAUCCACCUGAGGACUGGACUAAUGGCGAGGCGGGGGAGGCUUCGGCCUGGAUGUAGAUGGAUCAUGUGACCUUCCCCAUUUUGCCCGAGUGGAGAAAUGGCUGCUUAAUCAUCCCCCCCCCCAACCCCCAUGGCCUGAACUCCUGGCUUGUCCUACUCCCAUGGCAUCCGUCCAUUUUUCUUGCCAUGCCCCAAGUUGUAAUUUCAAUAUAUUAAACUAGUCCCCUCUGUAGAACCAGAACAUUUGUGAAUUCUUAAUUCUUUCCUUUGUGCAACCUGAGGACAGGAGAGACUGGAGUUGGCGUAGGGCUGUGGGUGCUCCAUGCCAAGAAAAAACCACCCUCUGUGCUCAUUCUGAGCCAAGAAGUCUCAAAUUCUGUACUUGCAAAAUAAAGUUUUGGUGUGGUUUGUUUUUUCUAA